ACACAUAAACAGGAAUCCUACUUUUAUAUGGAUUCACAUCAAGUAAAACAAAUAAUACGCGCUUUUCUUAUCAUUUCGAACGGCCGGAUCGACUCUCGAACCUGAGACCGCUCGCUCUGCGCGAAUGGAGGCGAAAUACACGAUAUAGCAAAUUCGGCGCCCGGAGCAGAACAUUUUUCUGUUCUGUUCAUUCAGAGCAGUGCUUUGUCAUUGUUGUUGAGAUAGGUGAGCAUCAUGGGUCAUGAUUGUAUCUCAUCACCACAUAGGAGGGCACAACCUCCAGUCUCCCCUUUGUCAGGUUCAUUUCGAAGGCAACUUCAAUCACGUGAAGAUGGGUGGAUGACAUUGUUCAGGCGGCAUCAAUAUCUCUUAACUGCACUUGCAAUUUUGACAUGCCUUUGUACGAUUUAUUUGUACUUUGCGAUAACUUUGGGGGCUGCAGGAUCGUGUUCUGGACUAAGUGGAAAAGAGAAAGCUCUGUGCCAUUUGGAACAGGUGAAAACAAGCUUGCCUCGCAAUGGAAAAUUGAAACUCUUUUGACAGAUUAGACAUUUCAAACGGUUUCCUAUUUUCUUGAUUGUGCCUUUGGCAUGUAUUUCUUUAUAUCCCUGUGGUGUAUCGGAAACAGCUUUAGGACCUUGUAAAAACAAAGAAUUUUGGCUCAAAUAUUUAUGCCAUUCAUUUCUUAUUUAUUUUUAUGAUAGUUUUGAUCGGUCUGAUUUUCCUUA